GGGGAGGAGCUGCCGCGGAAGGCGCGAAGGGGCGCGGGCGGCGCGGGGCAGGCGCCGCGAGCCACCUGGCGGGCGGGGGCGGGGAGGGGGGUCCCUGUCAGAGGCGCUCCCCCCACCGACACCCCCCCCCUCCGCGCGGUGAGGGGCGGAGCCUUCUCAUGACUGACGGCUCUGACAGCCAAUGGAUCCUCGAGAUGAAGAGGGAAGGCGGGCUGUGGAGGCGGUGGCGGGCUGUGGAGGCGGUGGCGGCCCUGAGGAGGCGGCUGGCACUUCGACUCGUGGAUUCGUUUAGCCUUUUCCAAUGCUUGACCACUCUUUCGGUGAAGACAUAUUGCCUAAUAUCCAACCUAAACUUCCCCUGGCACAACUUGAGGCCGUUUCUUCUUGUCCCGUCUCUUGUUACUUGGGAGAAGAGGCCGACCCCACCUGCCUGCAGCCUGCUGUCAGGAUAAAGCCUGGAACUGAAACAACAUGUACCAGAUUUGCAGCUGGUAGGCUGAAAAGAUCUAGAUGAAGAUUGAAAAGCAUCCUUGUCCUAGGAAUGCUGCACACCAAAUACAGGAAGGGAAAGAGCAAGUCAAGAGAAUACAGGAGUCAUCACUUCUGCACACAGACUGUUUGAAUUCAUCUUUAGCAUUAAGCCUCUAGGAAGAAUAGACUGUGUCAGUAGUUUAUCAAAAAUGUAUCCUAAUUCAGGAUUCAGAUUAAAGUAGGUUAAUUCAACAAGCCACUAAAAUCAAAAGGCAGAAUGGAGAAUUUAUUGUUGAAUUGUGACUGUCACAUCAGCUCCAGUUUAACAUGGUGACAUCAGGAUAAGCCAGUGUAUACCCAUACUUAGGUUCAUCUGUGUCACGAGACGGUUAUAAUGUCUUGAUUCUUCUAGAUUCCUAAAGGUGAAAUACAACUGAAUUAAAGCCCACCAGAAGUUUGGUUGGAAAGCAUCCAUGGAUGAACUAAACUGGUGCUUUCAUAAAACAAACAGCAAAUUAACUGUUUCGUAGUUCAGAAAAAAGUGUAACUGUGAGAAAAUAUGAAAUCCUACUUGAGGAUGAAAGUGGAAUUGAAGAAGAAAUUUAUAAAACCAGGUAGGCUGCUUGGUAUGAACACUUACUUAUUAAUAAACAGAACGUACUUGCACCAUUUGGCUGCUUUACAGAAUCCUCAAAAGUUUUGGAAACUGAUCAAAGUUUUGAUGCACUGCUGGAUUUCUUUCCCUCUCACUUACUUAAAACAGAACAUAACAAUGCUUUUAAAGGGAAGUUGUUUGGAAAACUUGCUGAAAAUUGCAGGUCCUUAGCUCGCUCUGCCAUCAGAAGGUAAAUUUGUCUUCUGAUAUGGAGGCACCAAGGACUGUUGGCCACAUUUGUGGGCAAGAUGAUGCUGCUGUCUGAGGUGCUGAAGCUGGAGGGCUGCAAGGAGAUCCCCCACCACACCAUAUGGUCUGCUCCUCGGUCAUGCCAGGCAAAAGUAAAACCAGAGUUCAAUUGUGGCUUUAAAAAAUAUUCCUGAAACAAGUCAUGGAUAGAUAACUUAAUGAAGGAAAAAGAGGAGAAGAUACUGACAUUUCUUCAGUGAUCUUGAAGGAAGAAGAACUCCAAGUAAAUGCCCAGGAUAAAAAUGAUGUUCCCUUGAAAGCCAGCUUUUCAUAUGCAGUAAGUGUACAAGUCAUCAAAUUUCUAGAAGCGUUGAAGGAGCAAGCAGGAAAGUUGGACCCUCUGGAACUCUAAGCUUAUUUCAAGGAGCGCCAUGCUUCUGUGGUGGAAGGCAGUAGCUUCCUUGCAGGAGACGUCCUUAUCACAACGUGCCAACUGCUGUGAUAUCGUGGUUACGGCCCAGCGUUAUGUCAUUCUGCCUGUUGCCACAGCAAGUUGUGUGACUUGUGUUUUUAGCUCAUGUAAAUGGCUUUAUUAACAUUAGUCACAUUCCCUUAGUAGGGUAGAAAACAAGAAGAAUGAAUGGUAAAGUUAGCGUCAUGCACAACAGAGCCAUGUCCAUUCAUUUUGCGGGUUGGAUUUUCUGACAUUGCAGUUUGUCAUUGAUUAAAUGAAAAAAACCAUCAAAAUACUUACAAAAGGUCUUCUUCAGUGCUUGCUUUCCUGAGGAAUUCAAAGUUAGAGACAUAAACCAGACUGCAGCAAGUUGUAACUCUUCAAACAUGUAACAAACCACAACCUAUAAUGGAUUAUUCCAUCUUGCAAUGAAUGAGGUAUAUGGGGAGGGGAUAGGAAUGUUCUUACCUAUUGACUGAUGGAUUUUGUGUGUAAUAUUUGCAUUAGGUGUUUGUGUCAAGUAACGAAUCUGUCUCCCAUAAAGCAUUGGUGCUAUUCUUUACAUUAUUUAGUUUUGUUACUUCAGCACUGCAAAUAGCUCUAAUUAGGUCAUUUAGGAAUCCUGUUUGUUGAGAUUGUGUUUUAGCAACGGAUGAAAUAAGUAUUUGUACAUAAUCAAGCUGUAAAAUCAUGUUUUGCAGACUUUUGAAAGUAGGUUUGUUGUUUCGUCUGGAAGGACAUAGUAGAAAGGUAGGACAAGGCUGAAGAUUCUGCUGGCAGCUAAGCCUCAGACUUCAGCAUCCAGUCCUUCUCACAGUGUGUAUCUUUGGAAUUGGCAAACGUUAGACAAUAGCAUUCAAAAUAAGUACAAGCUGAAAAAAACUGCUGUGAAAUUCUGAUGUAUUGGGCUUCUUACGGAUCUACUCAUGAGUGAAAUGUUUGUUCAACUUCAGUUAUAAUCUAGCAGUUCACCACAAUAGAUGAUGUGUCUUCUGAGUCAUAGUUUAUGUAUUGUGACAAUUAAGAAAAAACACAACUGAUGAAGAUUUAGUUGAGACUUCAGGACUUUUAUUUCUCUUAGAACUAACUGCUGACAGUCUGCAAUGACUAUGAUCGUUUUUCAUCUCCACAUUGCUAUACUGGUUGUAUAAAACUUGGAAGCUGCGUACAUUACCAGGCUUUUACAAAAGUAUAGAAUUGAAACACAAGUUUUCAAAUACAUAGUGCUAGGUCAAAGAAGGGAGUAAUCUGCUCUUUGAGUCCACGGUGAAUAAGAAAAGAGGCAAAAUAGCAUAAAUAGCAUCCCUUGGAAACAUUUUCUAGCAGUGGGAAUAUAAAACAUUGGAGGGCUGCUUAGGGUGGUUGUGGGGUCUCAAUUGCUGGAAGUAUUUAAGAACAGGGUAGAGAAGUACUUGUGAAGAGUGCUAUUAGUACUAUUGAUCCUGUAUUGGGAGGAAAAGGAGACUUUUUUUAAAAAGUCCUCACUGCUCAUCUUUUAUAUACUUUGGUUUCUUACAACCAUAAAUAUAUAAGAAACAUUGUAAAACACUUAGCAUACCAUUUCAGAGGGUGUAGAUGUUUUUCACUUAUUUUUAGAACUUGACCUUACAAGACUGAAAAAUAACUUUUUCCUUCUGACUUUUGUCCUUCACUUGGCAAAGAUUAGUUAAAAACACAGAGAUGGAAAGUAUUUUAACUUUAAACUAGUAUGAGCUUUUCUUUUUGUUGUUUGUUUGUGUGCUUGUUUCAUUUGUGAUGUCAACUCCAGUCAGGGAAAAAGGUGUAACUAACCUGGCACUGCACAGAGUGCAGAAAAACUUUAACACUGAAGCCCAAAUAAACACUAUCUGCUGCUCACCUUUUUUUUUUUUUUUUUUUUUUUUCAAAUCAGUAAUGCUUAAAAAAUGAUAUUGACAAAUCUGGAAGAUGUUUCCCCAUCAAAUAACAAGUUCAAAUAAAUCAGGUACUUUUGAAUUUGUCCUUUUCAGACAGACACAGGCAUCCAGAAAUAAUGAACCAAACACUUUCUGAUCUUCUACUAUGUGUUUAAGCUGUGUUAAAGUAGUGAUUUACAGGGAUUUCUAGCCCCCAGAUCUGAAUAUAGAAAGGUAUAAAAUGAGUCCAAAGAAAAUAAAGGUAGGAAUGACCUCACCUUGUGGAGACACCAUGUCUUGCUCAACUACAGAAAGCUCUGUAAAAACUAGCUACAUUUUAAUUUGUACAGUUAUUUUGCUACUGUCAAUGAAAUGGAAAUGAUCCCAGAAACUGUUGCAGACUAACGAGAAAUGGCUUUGGGUUUCUAGAAUAAUGUAAAGACUUACUGAUCGCUACCUUAAUAUGCAGAAGACCUGUUUGUUCAGAUACAUAAAAUUAGUGUAAUGCAGAUUUAAUAUGCUUUGGUUCAUUUCAUUUAGAAUAAGUCAGCAGUAAUAACAAGCAGUACUCUGUCACCAUGCUGCCCUACACUAACUGCUGCUGAGGGAAAUGAAUGUCAUUUCUUAGCAGUGAACAUUCCUGACUUUACUGAGUUUGAGAACUUGCAUCUUUUAAGUACAUACUCACAGUUUCCCCUCUUGUGCUGUAACACCUCAGCUAACUGUAAAGUUACUUACAAGUAACGUGCGCUGCCUGUGAGCCAGUUUAAUGUACUCUCCAGCCUCCACUAAUAAAUUUAUUAUUAGUGACUCUCCUGCAGAGGAGAACAGAGAUGGUGACGUAUUUGUAGAUCAUCCACUUUGCAGAUUGUCCACAUUACCAAAGUCCUCUUUUUCUCAUCCCUGUGGAGAGAUCCAGGUUUGCUGCUGGUAGCCCUGAAUGUUUUAAUUACUUUGGGGACUUGCAGCUUGUCAAUACAAGGUAUUCUUCAGAAGAAAGGGGUUCACUCUUUGCCUUUGCAGUGACUCCAGGAGCUUGGGACAUUUCUUUUUUUUAACAUCAGUUAUUUGGAUUCCUUCAGUUCAUAGUAAACCCAAAGAAAAUUACCUAACUUCUCUAUAAUAAUGGUUUUGAUGAGUUAAUUUGGAUGUUAAAUAAUAGGCAUAUUAGAAAAUAUAAUGAAUUUUACACACAAUGUGAUCACCAGUUUAUAGUAUUACAAAAGGGCAUGUGAUUCUGGCAGCUGAAAGUGUUCAGAAAAACACUGAACUCUGUACCAAGGAAGCAGGACUUUUCUGGAUAGUGUUUGAGAGCUCUUCCUAGGUACAAAUACUGCUCCCUUGCUGGUUGGGGGUCACAUUGUUUUACAAGCCAAUUUCUUGUGGCCUCAGAAAUGGUUGUUUCUAGUCAGCCUACAAUUUCUUAUCAAAAACUGGCAGAUUUUUGGCCCCUGAAAACUUAGAAACACAGAAGUAUCCAGUUAGCUGGAUACUGGACUUUCAAGCAACUUUUUUAUUAGGUGUCUGACUUCAAGGGUUGUUUUCUUUUAUGUGGGUUUGUUUGGGUUUAUGUCCUGAUAGCACUGAGUAAUACUUUGCUUAGAUAGCAGAAAACAUCAUUACUGCUCAUACAUAUUUUAUUUGCCUUAUAUUGAAUAGUUCCUUUUUUUGUUUCUGUUUCUAUUUUUGUAGUACUAGAUUUUGAUUAUCUCAUCGUUCUAUAUGGACAUAUAUUUCUCCAUACAAAGCAAAGAUGAUGUCAGUUGUUUCCGAGGUGACCUCACAAGUGACCCUUGUCCAUUCUUCAUUCCAUUUGAGUUACAUUUCUUUCUUUCUCGAGUUUUAUUACUUCUCCCUACUUGAAAAAAAAAACCAAACCACCAGAUAUUUUUUUUUUACAUAGUUGGCAAGAACCUUCCUUUAUUAACGACCUAUCAGGCUUCUGUUGAAGUAAUAUGCUUUUUCCUUAAAACUCUCUGCUACCAUAACAGGUACUAAUGGGCUUCCUUGCUUGCCAUCUAUCAGGGUCCUGGACUGAGCAGUCUGGGAAGUCUGAAUGCCUCUCUCACCCCUUGCCAACAGCAUCUUCAAACAUCAGCUGGAUGGACAUCAGCUGUCACUGUUUCAGUGAACAUGCAUGACCACCAGCGCCUGCAAGACUGCACCCAGUUACCUUCGAGAACUGUGCACAGCCACAGGGAUAGGAAGUUUCUUCCUGAACAUGGGAGGUCUGAGGUCAAAAUGAGAAAAAAAUCUUUUAUGUAAAUAUCCAAGGAUCCUGCUGCUCUAACACUUUUAAGACUGAGCUACUGUUUCCUGGGGCUUUCCUGUUGGUGUCCCCAAGGGUGUUGUAUGAUCAACAUACUGACAGAUUUCACAAUCAAACAGUGAGAAUGUGUGAUCAAGAACUUCACUGAUCUCCAGACUAACCCUUUUUACAGGUCACAGUUUAACUUGCAAUUUCCUUGAUGUAGUAGCUUUAAGAUUUUCUUUGGGCAGAUUUACGUUGGCUGCUCUAGAUGGAUUUCUCAAUCCGCUCUGUGUCUUCUGCUGGAAAGUGCUGGAUUGAGACUGACUGAUGGAAAAUGCUGGAUUGAGACUCAUUGCUUUGCAGACAAGAAACGACAAAGUUUGCCGUCCUUUCAUGCCGUCACUUGUGCACUGUAUCCUUCCUUUAAACAAGCCUGGGUGGGGGGUAAUAAGAACAUCAGCCUCUAAGGGCUUAUACAUUUGCCCAAUCCCUCUCCGAAAUAGGAUGUGAUCGCUCCUCUUUGGAGCUGGAAGAUGAUUCAAUAAUUCUGCCCCAAGAGUGAGUGGUGAAGCUGUCUUUUGGGAGUUCAAAGAGCCUUUUCUGAAAUUCUAGUGAAGUCCAGAUGUCUCAUAGCUUUUGUGAUCUUGUGAGCAAUUUUAGAGGGAAAAUCUGUGGCGGAUACGGCUAUGAAUCAUCCGUCUAUCCUGUGUUCAUGAAGAAGAAAUAAAAACCCCAAUCCAAAAAGAAUCCAUUUAAUUCUGGAAUUUUCUGACCUAUUUUGGUGCAAGCUGGUCUAAAAAAAAAAAAUUAAACUACUCUCCUGAUGAGUUUCUCAUAUUGUUUACUUUUGCAACGUUCUCUGUGGACUAGCAGCCAGAAAUGACGUCCACCCCUCGUCCAGCAUCAGAGAAUAAGAACUUCAGAGGAAGGAAUGCAACUUCAUAAAUAGCAAACCACAGACACUAAUGGGGAGCAGAGGCAAACCUGCAGGUUAAAAAUUCGUUGCAAGAGAAGCCCAUACAUCCAUACUGCCUGGAGAUUCAAAGAUGAUUUCAGCUCAAGCCUUUGUUUUUCUCCUCUUCCUCUCUUGUCCUUUUUCAUCAUAUCAGCAGAGAAGAGCAGGAGGUGAAGUUGGGCCAGAAAUGCUGGAAGAGAUGAGAGAAACUAACCGUGUGCUUACAGAAGUUCGAGACUUGUUGAAACAGCAGAUUAAGGAGAUAACAUUCCUGAAGAAUACAGUCAUGGAGUGUGAUGCCUGUGGCAUGCACACUGAGGUGACAGGCCCUGUCAUCACUGUGACACAGUUUAACAGAUGCCUCCCGAACUCCUGCUUCCCUGGAGUGACCUGCACUGAGACCGGCACUGGCUUCCGCUGCGGACCCUGUCCCCCAGGUUAUUCAGGCAAUGGGUCCCACUGCACAGAUAUCAAUGAGUGCAAUGCAAACCCCUGCUUCCCAAAGGUCCAGUGCAUUAACACCACCCCUGGCUUCCGCUGCGAUCCCUGCCCUCCUGGCUUCACUGGGCAAAUGGUCGAAGGGGUUGGACUAGCUUAUGCCAGGGCCAACAAACAGGUCUGUACUGACAUCAAUGAAUGUGAGACAGGUGCUGCCAGAAAUUGUGUCCCAAACUCUAUCUGCAUCAAUACACGGGGAUCCUACAAGUGCGGGGCUUGUAAACCUGGCUUCGUUGGGGAUCAGGUCACUGGUUGCAAGAGCCAGACAGUGAGGCGCUGCCCUAAUGGUGAAAUCAGUCCCUGCCACGAGAAAGCACAGUGCAUCGUGGAGCGCGACGGGUCCCUUUCCUGCGUGUGCCUCGUGGGGUGGGCAGGGAACGGCUAUGUCUGUGGGAAGGAUACGGACAUUGAUGGAGUCCCUGACGAGAAGCAACGCUGCUCUGAUAAAAAGUGCCGCAAGGAUAACUGUGUGACUGUCCCCAACUCUGGCCAGGAGGAUGCAGACAGGGACGGAAUUGGAGAUGCUUGUGAUGAUGAUGCUGACGGAGACGGGAUAUUGAAUGCUGAGGACAACUGCGUGUACACACGCAACGCAGACCAGCGCAAUGCGGACAAGGAUAACUUUGGUGAUGCCUGUGACAACUGUCGCCAAGUGAAGAACAAUGAUCAACGGGACAUUGAUGGCGAUGGGAAGGGAGACGAGUGUGACGAUGACAUGGACGGAGAUGGAAUCAAAAACCCAAUGGACAACUGCAGAAGAGUUCCUAACCCUGACCAAAAAGAUAGCGAUGGUGACGGAGUAGGAGAUGUGUGUGACAGCUGCCCAACAGUCAGUAACCCGGACCAGAAAGAUACCGAUCACGAUCUAGUGGGAGACGUCUGUGACACCAACCAGGACAGUGAUGGGGACGGCCACCAAGAUUCACGGGAUAACUGCCCAUCAGUGCCCAACAGCUCCCAGGUGGACACAGACAACGAUGGGCUGGGAGAUGAAUGUGACGAUGACGACGACGAUGAUGGGAUUCCAGAUGAGAGACCUCCAGGUCCUGACAACUGCCGGCUUGUCCCUAACCCUGGCCAAGAAGACUCAGAUGGUGAUGGCGUGGGAAACCUUUGUGAAGAUGACUUUGACAGAGACAUGGUGAUUGACAGAAUCGAUGUGUGCCCAGAGAACGCAGAAGUGACACUCACAGACUUCCGGGCCUUCCAGACAGUUGUGCUGGACCCUGAGGGCGACGCACAGAUUGACCCCAACUGGAUUGUCCUCAACCAGGGCAUGGAAAUUGUCCAGACCAUGAACAGCGAUCCUGGCCUGGCUGUAGGUUACACGGCAUUCAAUGGAGUGGACUUUGAGGGCACAUUCCACGUCAACACUGCCACAGAUGAUGACUACGCUGGCUUCAUAUUUGGUUACCAGGACAGUUCCAGCUUUUACGUGGUCAUGUGGAAGCAGAUGGAACAGACAUAUUGGCAGGCAAAUCCCUUCCGAGCAGUAGCAGAACCUGGAAUUCAACUGAAGGCAGUGAAGUCUAAAACAGGCCCCGGUGAGUAUCUCCGCAACUCUCUCUGGCACACCGGAGACACCACGGACCAGGUCAAACUGCUGUGGAAAGACCCUCGUAAUUCUGGCUGGAAGGACAAGACAUCUUACCGCUGGUUCCUGCAGCAUCGGCCGCAAGUUGGCUACAUCAGAGCUCGCUUCUAUGAAGGCCCUGAAGUAGUAGCAGACACUGGAGUUGUCCUUGAUACAACCAUGCGAGGAGGACGCCUGGGAGUCUUCUGCUUCUCCCAAGAGAACAUUAUUUGGUCAAACCUGCGUUAUCGCUGCAAUGACACCAUUCCAGAAGACUAUGAAACAUUUAGAGUUCAGCAAGACUAACCUCAGAUUUAAACGUCUGUCCAGCCCAACUUGCUUUAAAAACUGUGCUCAGCUGCCCCACUAUUGCUCUGGUAUGAAGAACUGUAAGUAACGUACCACUGCCCUCCGCACAGCACCACGUGCCAACGCAUUAUCUGGCAUCUUUCCUACAACAGCAACUUUCUUUAAACGCUACGAAAAGCUAUUGGAACGGCAGAGGUGUAGGCAGCAAGUGUGAACAGAAGCCCGUGCUGCUGUAAACACUAGUUUUCUACGCUACAUGGAAAAAGAUGUGCUGAGAAGCUACCUGUAGUAGCCGGAAUUGUUCGAGUAAGUUUAGUGUGGCUGAUUCCCAGGAAUCUCUUCCCUACUCCAAGGCUCUCUCGAGUGUGAAUGUUGUUUUCCAUUUUGAGACCUACUGCAAAGCAAACCCAGCACUAGUCUGAAAAGGACACAGAGAGCAGCCUGUGUACGACUUGCUCACAAAAGAUGAAAAAAAAAAAAAAGCACUUUAAGGAGAGUAUCUUUGUUCUGGAAUGUUGGAUAAUAAAUACUUGGAAUGUUGGAUAAUAAAUACUAGACUUCUCCUUGGUCACA